GAGGAGUUUGACGGUCUUUACUGUCUGUCAGAACAGACGGCAGCGAUUAGACAAGGGGUAGCCUGCGGGAGUACAUCUUGACCAUGGCAAAGCCUACGUUAAAGUUCUGCAUGUGUUUAUGCUUGGUAUUAAACAGCAUAGUUCUCAUCUGCAUUUUGUGCGUGGCUGUCUUGAAUAAUCAAGGAUGUUCAGACGAUGAUUUUCGAAAAGCUGCUGUAGCUGCCGACUCAGACAUGUGUUCGAAGAUAGGGCGGGAUACAUUGAUGCGGGGUGGAUCAGCGGUAGAUGGCGCUAUUGCUACUCUGAUCUGCACGUCCAUCAUUCAUCCCCAGAGUAUGGGCAUCGGCGGAGGUUCAAUAUUUACUAUUCGUGACAAAGACGGAAAAGUGAAAAUCAUUAACUCUCGUGAGACUGUUCCUAAAGUGUUCAACUCUAACUUGAUGUCAAAAUGCCCAACAUCCGUCAAGCCAAUGUCAGGUACUGAUUGGAUUGGAGUUCCUGGAGAGAUCCGUGGCUAUGCGGAGGCCCACAGACUUUAUGGGAGGCUGCCCUGGGCCAGUCUGUUUGAGCCCACCAUCAAGAUGGCCAGAGAGGGCUUCCCCCUUCCCUAUGUGCUGGGUCGUUUCCUAGUGGUGCUAGACAAGGACAAGACACUGCCCAUACGGAAAUUAUUUGUUGACAAAGAUGGCAACCUGCUAAAGGAAGGAGAUACGCUGAGAUUUGAGAAACUGGCUGAUACUCUUGAGAUUAUUGCAAAGGAAGGCGGGGAAGCGUUCUACAAGGGAGAAAUAGCAAGAAACCUCAUCAGUGACAUCAAGGAAGCAGGUGGGUCAUUGUCCCAGGAAGAUUUUAACUCGUUUAGAGUUCAGGUGUUGGAUGCGUGGAAACUGCCACUAGGAGACUAUGACAUGUACAUUCCACCUCCACCAGCUGGAGGCGCUAUUCUGGGCUUCAUACUGAACACCAUGAGAGGUUACAAUUUGACACCAGCAUCUCUCGAAGGGCAGCAGAAGAUGCUUACGUUUCAGCGAUACGUGGAGACAUCCAAAUUUGCCAAUGGACUGAGGAGAUUUCUCAGAGAUCCAAGAUUCACACCACCUGAGCCAGCAUUGGCGGCAAGUAAGGAAGAGUUUGCGGAGAAAAUAAGAGCGAUGAUCCAUGAUGACCGCACCCAUGAUGACCAGUACUACAACGUGACGCCCUCUAUGGAUGCCAUGGGCACCACUCACGUGUCCGUGCUGGCUGAGGAUGGCACAGCUGUGUCUGUUACUAGCACCAUCAACCACAUAUUUGGGUCCAAAGUCUUCUCUCCCAAAACUGGCAUCAUUCUGAAUAACGAGCUGUCGGAUUUCUGUGGCAAGGCCAGCAGCAUUCAGGCAGGUGAACAGCCACCCUCCUCCAUGUCCCCUACCAUCCUCUACUCCAAGUCUAAGAAUCACACCAUGGUAGUCGGGGGAUCAGGGGGUAGCAUGAUCAUCACUGGUAUGGCUCUGACAAUCAUGAACCAUCUCUGGAUGGGAAAGAGCCUCAAGGACGCUAUUUCUGCUCCUGUGGUGUUUGUGGACUCCAAAAAUAAACUAAGCUUUGAGCCAACAUUUGACAAGGUUGUUGUGGAGAAACUUAAAUCUUUUGGCAACAAGGUGGAGAAGCGGGAGAUGUUCUUCAAUGUGAUUAAUGCUGUAUCCAAAAAGGAUGGAUGCAUCACUGCAGUGUCGGACGAUCGGAAGAAGGGAAAAGCGGCUGGAUAUUAAUUCUUCUCAACACACUCGUGGAUUAGUAAAAGAAAAAACAUUCCAAGGGCUGAGCGUUCUCGUUAAGCGAGCAAAUUUAUCAACCAGGAAAAGAUAAACCCAAGGAGGCUUCUGGGAUUUAACGCACAAGUCAAAACACUACUGUCCUCUGACUAGCCUUGGUGCAGAAUAACGUGAUAGAAAAUCACUCGGCACAUUAAUUUACCUCAGGAAUCGCGUGGCACAGAUUACAGAUUCAAUCCAUUUCAAGAUCAUAUCACUUCAAGUGACCACCACCACCACCAACCUGGUAAAUGCUUGAAAGGUUGUGUGAGGUGAAUGCUCUUGAACAAAGUGAAUGCUCUUGUAUUCCUGUUAACAGUGAGAGGUUGUGAGAGGGAAGCAGCUGGCAGUAACAGUUGUGCCUUCACUGUGGGAAAGAAAGAAUAGGUUUAUAUCAUAUCUGAUCACUAAAUUCCAGCCUGUAGUUAAAGGAAAACUCCAGCGAUUUUUCACAUAGAUCUCCGUUUCUCGAGGUCACAGAGUACUGUCGAUACGAAAUAAAAGGAAGAAAAUACUCUUGAGACAUGAUGUUAAAGAUGCCCGCAGAGUGUAGCACUGUAGCUGCCUGGCUGCUUUAGCUGUGACCUUGUCACAGCUAAAGCAGCCUAACAGUGACCUUGACAACAGAGAUCUAUGAAAAAUCGCCAGAAUUAUCCUUUAAAGGACAAGACAUCCCUCAUCAUCGUGGCAUUACUAUCGGACAAGGGUAAAAAUUAUUUUAAGUUUCUAGUGUGCACCCAUGCGGCCAUUUUGUCUUGUAACCAUAGUUUAAUGUAUGAUUUGUCUGAACCAAUGCACUGUUAGGACAUAAGAAAAGAUUACAACCACUCCAGAUUUGAAGAGGACAGUGGAAUGACUGGUUUUGUAAACGUGGGAUACAAAAGUACCUUUUUUAUUAUGCAGUGAAUGAGUGAAAUAUAUCGUAAGGCCAUGAAACUGAAAUAACUGAAAUAUGAUUGAUCGUUUGGAGAAAAGGCUAGGUACUGUAUGUGAGUGCAGGUAAUUAAGCCUGUCCAGAUCUGUAUGUAAAAUAUCUGAACUGCCUUGAUGCAAACAUCUAUAUGUAUUGCAGUCUAUCAUUGUAAGUUGUGCAAUCAACUCUUAUCUCAACCGCACACAAAUACUCCUUUACUUGUAGAUGCAGAGAAUAGAGAGAUGAUACAUUUGUGUAUUUAAAUUGCUUGACCAAUGUGUUGGGCUGUUGACUGAAAAGUCAUGGGUGUGAAGGUGAAGUCUUUUGAGGUUUUCCGUCCCUCAGGAUGUUGUCCUGACUGAGUCAUAGCUAUGUUUAGGCUCAAACUGCCGAUCCUUCAUUUGAGGGAGAGGAGACAUGGUUUGCCAUAUUGUGGGGUGGGCGUGGGGGCAAACUUGUCUCUUAACCCUUGGGCCACACGGAAUAGGCCUCAGCUUGUCUCUCUCUCGCUCCCCUUCUGUGUGUGUGGGUUGGGGGCGCAGGUGUAAAAACCUGAAAUAUGAGAAUCUGAUUGACAGGCAGGCAGUAAAUCAACACAGCCUGCCACCUGUGCGGCAUCCUUGUUUUAAACAAAAAAUAAAAGAAAAAAAAUCUGUCACCAUCCUUGUCUUCCUCACCACACACACACACACACACACACACACACACACACACACACACACACACCAGCUUGCUCUCUUGCUCUUAAACUCUACUCAGCAUUCAGUCCCAUCACUUGCUCAUAGUAUAACUGCAGGCACACACACAGUGGGAGAGGGAGAAAGUCGUGCCAUGUGUUUGCGAGACGCCUGGAGAACAGGAUUUAGCCUGUGAGUCACCACUGCAGGCUUAGCUGCAAGCUGUUUCCUCCACUCGUGGAUUUCUGGAGAGUGUGACUGUCACUCCUCUGCUUACGUCUUGUGAGUGAGUAAGGUUGUGUGUGUGUA